AUGGUUGUCAUAACAUUCAAAAAGCCGGGCUCUCAAGUAGACAGUAAAAAUGGUGUGGAAAACAUUGAGACCGCUGAUACGAAGAGCCUGUUUGAUGUUCAUUCUCUUUUCUCCAUCACUGAAAGCAUCCUUAAGUGCUCAAAGCAGAUCGUCGAUAACAUUGAGCAGAAGGUUCCCCGAGUACAUGCUGAAACCAUGGAAGGAAUAACUAUUACACCUGGCUUCAGCACGCCAUUGUGCGUUCUAAAGUCCAUUGUUCGCGAGGUGCCAUGUAAGGCUCCAGGUGAAAGUAAUGCCCACGACGCCACGCUGAAAAUACUUAGCAAGGUGUCAAAGUAUUCAUGGGAAGCGAAGGCUGUGCUGGCUCUGGCGGCUUUUUUCUUUGGAAUAUGGAGAGUUCUGGCUGAGUGCCCAGCAUCAACAAUCUGA